UGGCGCUUUUCUUUUCACCUGAUCGACUAAUGAGUGAGAGGAGGAGGAGGUGGCAUGCGUGUCCCGGUACAGAUUUUGAAUCGCUGCCAGAAGCGUGCGUGAGCUUCCUCAAUGUCUCCUGUCACCACCGGGCGUCCAUCCAACAUGAUUCAAUCUUGUCACGUUGUCAUGUUUUUAUAAGUUAACCCCCCUGUCUCAUCAGUGCACGCAGCUCUGAACAUGGUCUUCAUCGGGAUCCACGAGAUGGAGCUUCAAGAGCAGCAAAAUUACGAUGAGGCAGCAGGUGUGGGGGAGAUCUGACGAGUUUGUGUGGGCCCGUAGCGUGACACAGAACCAGAGAUGAGGAUCAUUAUUCCUCUGCGUGGAGGCGGUGAUGGAGGGGAGCCUCGCGGCCUCCGCAACAGAGUUGGCAGGAUGAAGAAGCUGCUGUGGCUCAGGCCGAAUCACUGCGGGGACAUCCACAUGGACACAGAGCCCGGCGUGUGGCUGACAAGCUUCCAGUUAUUGGACACGGAGGAGUAUGAGGACCCGGUGCAGGAGUGGGGGGAGGAGGAGGAGGACGGGGCUGUGUUUGGCAUCACUCUGCGCAGGGAGCCCGUCUUGCCGGCCUCAGACACGCCAGAGCUCUCUACUGCCUUCAGCUUUGCCCAGUACCACACGGUGAAGGUGCGUAGACUGAAGGCCGGGACCCUGGAGCGCCUGGUCACCCACCUGCUGGACCCUGAGCACCAGGAACCAGACUUCAUCCGUGUCUUCCUCUCAACCUACAGGGCCUUCACCUCAACCAACACUCUCAUUGAGCUGCUGUUUCAAAGAGAUGACUCAAUGGCUAACCUGGAUAACACUGUCUGCCCACGCAGUACCUUACCCCCGGUGAUCCGUCUCUGGCUCGAGGAAUACAGCGAAGACUUCAGUGAUCCACCUCAGUACCAGGUCCUACGGCUGUUGUGUGUCCAUUUGCGGCAUCGCCUCUGCUUCAGACGCUUGGCUCAUACUGCUGAGGCCCUCCUCAAGAAGCUCCAGGAACAAGAUUGCAGUCAGUCUGCGUCAGAGCACAGCAGUGAGUCGUUGCAGCAGGAACACACAGAUCAGGAGGAUGGAGGAGUGACGUACCCUAAGCAGGAGAACAAAAGCAACUUUAUGGACUUCUCUGUGAGAGAAGUGGCAGAGCAGCUGACCCGACUGGACGCUGAACUGUUUGUCAGAGUGGUACCCUUCCACUGCCUGGGCUGCGUCUGGUCCCAGCGUGACAAGAAGGAAAAUCGAAACCUGGCGCCCACCAUUAGAGCCACCAUCUCCCAGUUCAACGCUGUGACAAACCGUGUCAUCACCUCACUGCUCUGCCCAUCCUCUCCCAGCCCUUCCACCUCCUCUCCCAUUUCAUCACCCAGCUCCUCCUCUACCUUCCUGUACCCCUCCACUGCCCCAAGCUCACCCCGCUGUGCUUACACCAGCCCCGCCCACAGAGCACGCAUCAUCGAGAGGUGGAUAGCUAUUGCUCAGGAGUGCAGACUGCUGAAGAAUUUCUCCUCUUUGAGGGCCAUCCUUUCAGCUCUGCAGUCCAACGCUGUCUAUCGCCUCAAGAAGACCUGGGCUGCUGUCAGCAGGGAAAGCAUGGCCACUUUUGACCACUUGUGCGAGACUUUCCCUGAUGAGAACUGUGUGCUAACCAGCAGAGAGAUCCUGGUGGAGGACUCAGAUGGCUCCAAAUCACCACGGCUCUGCUCAGCAUCCAGACAGACGAACUUAAGCAGCGGUGUGGUGCCGUACCUCGGCACGUAUCUGACUGUCCUGACCAUGCUGGAUACAGCACUGACUGACACUGUGGAGGGAGGACUCAUUAACUUUGAGAAACGCAGACGGGAGUUUGAGAUUCUCGCUCAGAUUCGGCAGCUUCAGGCUUCCUGUUCACACUACAACCUUCCAGUUAACCCUCAAAUCACGGCCUGGCUGCAGGCACAUACACUGCUUACAGACCAGGAGAGCUAUGAGCUGUCUCGUGAGCUGGAGCCUCCAGUUGAUCCCUGUCCCACUUCUCCCAACUCAUGGAGCAGUCGCCUGAUCACUAAGAAACUUCCCUCGUUGCGAUCAGCCAGUGACAGCUCCCUGAGGAAAACACAUGCUGACCAGAUCAGUGUAUCAUCAUCCGGCUCCAGCAGUUCAGACAUGGAGGACCUGUCCGCACCUCAGCCCUCCCCCAUUAGACUCAAACUCAAGUCUCUCUCAGGUUCUCUUCACAACGUCGCAGAGGAUUUCUCCUCCAGCUCCAUGUCCUCCACCUCCUUUCGCAGUCUUUCCAGCUCCUCCUGUAGUUCAUCACAUCCAGACCUCAGCUCUUCUUCUCUGGUUCUUAACUCUGAGUCCUCAUCGUCCAGCUGCUCUCCUCAGACCCCGCAGCCUGUCUACAACAAACAGGUUGCUGACUCAUGUAUCAUCCGGGUCAGUGUGGAGUCGGUCAGCAACGGAAACAUCUACAAAAGCAUACUGCUCACCAGUCAGGACCACACGCCUAAGGUGAUUCAGAGGGCUCUUGGAAAACACAACAUGGACGAUGUCAGCUGCCAUGAAUUCAGCCUCUGCCAGAUGCUCAACAAUGGGAAAGAGCUCCAGAUCCCCGACAAAGCCAACGUAUUUUAUGCCAUGAGCACCUCCGCCAACUACGACUUUGUGCUGCGUCAGCGCUGGAAGACCCACGGGAGACAUCUCGGCUCCUCUUCUAGUCCUGGAGCUCAGUCCAAGAGCCGCCACGCCAAGUGAAAAGCGUCUGUCCUGGCUGGAUGUUAGGAGUACAUCUAGAAGAUGGAGGAGCUGCUCGUCUGCAACAACAGGCCAACAACACAUCUGUGGACGUUUGUGUCGACUCACACUGUGUAGAAGGUAUGAGAUGUAGGGUCUCCCGAGAAACCAGAGAGCUUAGACCUUGAGAAAUAAAAAUAACCUUAAGGAGAGCUCUCAUCAAGAGAGCAACACUGAAAUGUGUAUUAUACUGGAUUGUUUAGUGACAGAAAAAGAGAGAAAUGUCCAAGUGCACAGAAGAGGGACUCCAAGAAGAAACAGAGAAACAAA